GGAGUGGGGCCCCCCCUCUCCCCCUUUGCCUCCUGACAGGAAAGGUUUAAGGGGGACAGAGCCCUGGGAGGCCGGGCCGGGCUCGGGGGCCGCCCCGGGGGCCCGGGCCAUGGAUGUGCGCCGUCUGAAGGUAAACGAACUUCGCGAGGAGCUGCAGCGCCGCGGCUUGGACACUCGCGGCCUGAAGGCCGACCUCGCUGAGCGGCUGCAGGCGGCGCUGGAGGCCGAGGAGCCCGACGACGAGCGGGAGCUCGAGGCCGACGUCGACCCGGGGCGACCCGGGCACCACAACGAGGAGGUCGAGACCGAGGAGGGCUCCGAGCUGGAGGGGACCGCGCAGCCACCGCCGCCCGGGCUGCAGCCGCACCCGACGCCCGGCGGCUACGGGCCAGACGGACAUUAUGUCAUGGACAGUAUUACCAGGCAGAACCAAUAUUAUGAGAGCCAGGUCAUCAAGCAAGAGAACGAGUCAGGCUACGAGAGAAGACCGCUGGAAAUGGAGCCUCAGCAGCAGACCUAUCGCCCAGAAGUGAAGACAGAGAUGAAGCAAGAAGCACCCGGCAGCUUCCUCCCCCCUGAAGCAUCUCAACCCAAGCCAGACAGGCAGCAGCAAUUCCAGAGUCGCAAGAGGCCUUAUGAAGACAACCGGGGACGGGGGUACUUCGAGCACCGAGAGGACAGGAGGGGCCGCUCUCCCCAGCCUCCAGCCGAAGAAGAUGAAGAUUACUUUGACGACACCCUUGUCGCGAUUGAUACCUAUAACUGCGACCUCCACUUUAAGGUUGCCCGGGACCGGAGCAGUGGCUACCCGCUCACCAUCGAGGGGUUUGCUUAUCUGUGGUCCGGAGCCCGUGCCAGCUACGGGGUCAGGAGGGGCCGGGUGUGCUUCGAGAUGAAGAUCAACGAGGAAAUCUCGGUGAAGCACCUGCCAUCGACAGAGCCCGACCCCCAUGUUGUCCGCAUCGGCUGGUCCCUGGACUCCUGCAGCACCCAGCUAGGUGAAGAGGCUUUUUCCUAUGGCUAUGGGGGCACCGGGAAGAAAUCUACCAACAGCCGCUUUGAAAACUACGGCGACAAGUUCGCAGAGAACGAUGUGAUUGGCUGCUUUGCGGACUUUGAAUGUGGGAAUGACGUGGAACUUUCCUUUACCAAGAAUGGAAAGUGGAUGGGCAUUGCCUUCCGGAUCCAGAAGGAAGCCUUGGCGGGUCAGGCCCUCUACCCGCACGUACUGGUGAAGAACUGUGCUGUGGAGUUCAACUUUGGCCAGAGGGCGGAGCCCUACUGCUCCGUCCUGCCAGGUUUCACCUUCAUCCAGCACCUGCCGUUGGGCGAGCGCAUCCGGGGCACGGUCGGACCAAAGAGCAAGGCUGAGUGUGAGAUUCUGAUGAUGGUGGGCCUGCCUGCCGCCGGCAAGACCACAUGGGCCAUCAAACAUGCAGCCUCCAACCCUUCCAAGAAGUACAACAUCCUGGGCACCAAUGCCAUCAUGGAUAAGAUGCGGGUGAUGGGCCUACGCCGGCAGCGGAACUACGCCGGCCGCUGGGACGUCCUGAUCCAGCAGGCCACUCAGUGCCUCAACCGCCUCAUCCAGAUUGCUGCCCGCAAGAAGCGCAACUAUAUCCUAGAUCAGACAAAUGUGUAUGGAUCAGCCCAGAGACGAAAAAUGCGGCCAUUCGAAGGCUUCCAGCGCAAAGCCAUUGUCAUUUGUCCCACGGACGAGGACCUCAAAGAUCGCACAAUCAAACGCACAGACGAAGAGGGGAAGGAUGUCCCAGAUCACGCGGUCUUGGAGAUGAAAGCCAACUUCACGCUGCCCGAUGCGGGGGACUUCCUGGACGAGGUGCUGUUCAUUGAGCUGCAGCGGGAGGAGGCAGACAAGCUGGUGCGGCAGUACAACGAGGAAGGCCGCAAGGCGGGGCCGCCCCCUGAGAAGCGAUUCGACAACCGCGGAGGUGGCUUCCGGGGCCGAGGAGGUGGUGGUGGUUUCCAGCGCUAUGACAACAGAGGGCCCCCCGGGGCCAACCGAGGAGGCUUUCAGAACCGAGGUGGAGGUGGUGGCGGAGGCGGCAACUACCGAGGAGGGUUCAACCGCAGCGGGGGAGGUGGCUACAACCAGAACCGCUGGGGUAACAACAACCGGGAUAACAACAAUUCCAACAACCGAGGCAGCUACAACCGGACCCCCCAGCAGCAGCCGCCGCCACAGCAGCCCCCACCACCACAGCCCCCACCACAGCAACCACCGCCACCACCUAGCUACAGCCCUGUGCGGAGCCUCCCUGGGGCCAGCAGCUACAGCAAGAGCAGCAGCAUCCCUGGCGCCAGCGCCAGCACCAGCACCCCCACCGUCAGCAGCUACAGCCCUCCACAGCCGAGCUACACCCAGCCACCCUACAGCCAGGGAGGUUACGCCCAGGCCUACUCGGCCCCUCCCCCUCCACCACCACCACCGCCUGCCUACAACUACGGGAGCUACGGCGGGUACACCCCAGCCCCCUACACCCCACCGCCACCCCCCACCGCACAGACCUACCCUCAGCCGACCUAUAACCAGUAUCAUCAGUAUGCCCAGCAGUGGAACCAGUACUACCAGAACCAGGGCCAGUGGCCGCCCUACUACGGGAACUACGACUAUGGGAGCUACUCCGGGAGUACACAGGGCGGCACGAGCACACAGUAGCCGGGGGCUCCCCCCUGCUGCCCCAUCGCCCUGCCUGUCCGCCCAAGGGCCUCUGACACCAGCCCCUGCCCACCGGGCCUCCGCCGCCCCCACCGGGUGGGCCAGGGUACUGGGGUGAGGCCGUCCCAGGGCUGCCUUCCACCAGGGGCUGCUUCUUCCCCCCCCCUGGAGUCUACAGGCAGCAAGGAUCUUUCAUUUUCUGUUUGCUCCCACGUCCUCCCUCCUCUCCCUCCUCCCUUUUUGACUAAAGAGGCCCUCCUCCCACAGUCAUACCUUGAAGCUCUGGGGACUGGGGUGGGCACCCUCCCAUCCAGUCGUCCCAGCCCCCCAGCUUCCCAGACCCUCAUGAAGUUUAUUGUAAAUUCUUCCAGGAGCUGUUUUACUGUCUACUUUUCAGGAUUAAAAAAAAAAUCAGAAACUUUAUUAAAAAAAAGCAAAAAAACACA